AUGUCGACCACCGCCCGUCGCCGUCUCAUGCGGGACUUCAAGCGCAUGCAAACCGAUCCUCCUGCCGGCGUAUCUGCCUCUCCCAUCGCCGACAAUGUUAUGACCUGGAAUGCCGUCAUUAUCGGUCCGGCAGAUACACCCUUCGAAGAUGGAACCUUUCGCCUCGUGAUGAAUUUCGAGGAGCAGUACCCCAACAAGCCCCCGGGUGUUAAGUUCAUUAGCCAGAUGUUCCACCCCAACGUGUAUGGAACCGGCGAGCUCUGCCUCGAUAUUUUGCAAAACAGAUGGAGUCCGACUUACGAUGUGGCGGCCAUCUUGACUAGUAUCCAGAGUCUCUUGAACGACCCCAACACCUCUUCUCCCGCGAACGUCGAGGCAUCGAACCUUUACAAGGACAACCGCAAGGAAUAUGUCAAGCGUGUGCGUGAGACCGUGGAGAAGAGCUGGGAAGAUUAG